CGGCACUCUUCAGCUCCUCUCGCAGCUCUUUUGCAAUGCAGCUACGACACUAACAACAAAAGCAACAACAAAAACAACUAGAAAAGAAGUGUGUAACGGAGAAGAAGAAGUGUGGUGUGUGCAAAGCAGUGGCUGAAAAAAAAAAUGCUUCAAGACCAGGCCUAAAUCGUGUGUUGCAUAGUGUUGCAUUUUCGACAUAUGAUUUUCUUGGUUUUUUCUUGAUUUCUUCCUCCGAUUUUUGUUGCAAUAUUCCCAAAAAAAAAAAAAAUAUAUAAUCAAGAAACCAAAAACCAUGUCGCGCAAAAACAAAAGCUAAAACAAAGAGGAGUGUGUAACGGUAGAGAGAGUGUGAGAGACGGAGAGAGUGGAGUGGAGUGGUAACAGCCGUUACCUUAAGGGUCGAGCGCGGGAGUAGUGGAAUAGGAGCAGCAGCAGCUGGAAGCUGUAGUGCGGAGUGGGAGCAAAAAAGUUAAAAUAGCAAAAAAAAAACAAAACUGAAAGAAUAGCAACCAAAAACUAAGCAAUCUGCGUACAAGAACAAAACGAAGAAGGAUAACAAAACCCACACACACACACACACACAGAAAUCUCAACCGAAAAACAGGAAGAAGAGAACGAACAGCUACAAGGAACAGCUACACAAUGAGGAGAGCAGCAAUAGAAACCGAAAGAGAAGCGACGGAGAUGGCAGCAACAACAACAACAACAACAACAACAACAACGAGCCGUAACAUAAACGGCCAAGCAGGGCGGAGAAGUGGAACAGCGCUAACUGUUUGUCACUUUUUCACGAUCAUCGUUCUGUUAGCGUUGAGCUCCACGAUCCUCGCCGACGAGUCCAUCGACACACGUGAGAAUGCGGAUCUGACGCUCAAGUGUCGCUUCACGGACAAAUACGAAUCGAAUGAUUUCUCAUUCUUUUGGACACGCUGGACAGCGAAUCCGGCACAAUUUGAUAAUGUGGCCAUCGGUGAAGUUCAAUUGAGUUCCGGCUAUAGACUCGACUUUCAACCGGAGCGCGGCAUCUACGAUCUGCAGAUCAAGAAUGUCUCAUACAAUCGCGACAAUGGACGCUUCGAGUGCCGCAUCAAGGCCAAGGGCACGGGCGCGGAUGUCCAUCAGGAGUUCCACAAUCUCACGGUGCUUACGCCACCCCAUCCGCCUGUGAUCUCGCCCGGCAAUAUUGCCGUGGCCACCGAGGAUAAGCCCAUGGAGCUGACAUGCAGCAGUAUUGGUGGCUCCCCCGAUCCCACCAUAACUUGGUAUCGCGAGGGCUCCAACUCUCCCCUGCCCGCCACUGUGCUGCGCGGCGGCACCAAGGAUCAGCCCACCAAUUCCACACUGACGGUCACACCACGCCGCGAGGACGAUGGCGCCAAGUACAAGUGUGUUGUAAGGAAUCGCGCCAUGAAUGAGGGCAAACGACUGGAGUCCACUGCUACGCUGAAUGUUAACUACUAUCCACGCGUCGAGGUCGGUCCGGAGAAUCCGCUGCGCGUGGAACGUGACCGCACUGCCAAAUUGGAGUGUAACGUGGACGCCAAGCCAAAAGUGCCCAAUGUCCGCUGGACACGCAACGGCCGCUUCAUUAGCUCCUCCCUCGUGCACACCAUCCAUCGGGUGAGCGUGCAGGACGCCGGCAAGUACACGUGCAGCGCCGACAAUGGCCUGGGCAAGACCGGCGAACAGGAGCUCAUACUGGACAUACUGUACCCGCCGACGGUCGUCAUUGAGUCGAAGACGCGCGAGGCCGAGGAGGGCGAAACGGUGACGAUACGCUGCAAUGUCACCUCCAAUCCGCCGCCCGUCACCAUCGAAUGGCUGAAGGAGGGCGCCCCCGAUUUUCGCUACAACGGCGACAUACUGACACUGCCCUCGGUGCGCGCGGAGCAUGCCGCCAACUACAUCUGUCGAGCGGUCAACAUAAUGCACAGCCAGGGCCAGGAGCGCAGCGAGCGCAUCGGCAACUCCACGGUGGCGCUGCUCGUCCGCCACCGGCCCGGCCAGGCGUACAUCACGCCCAACAAGCCCGUGGUGCAUGUGGGCAAUGGCGUGACGCUCACCUGCUCGGCCAAUCCGCCGGGCUGGCCGGUGCCGCAGUAUCGCUGGUUCCGCGACAUGGACGGCGAGUUCUCGAGCACCCAGAAGAUCCUCGCCCAGGGGCCACAGUACUCCAUACCGAAAGCCCAUCUCGGCAACGAGGGCAAGUACCAUUGCCAUGCGGUCAAUGAGCUGGGCAUCGGCAUGAUGGCCACCAUUGUGCUGGAGAUCCACCAGCCGCCACAGUUCCUGGCCAAGCUGCAGCAGCACAUGACGCGCCGUGUGGGCGACACCGACUACACGGUGACGUGCAGCGCCAAGGGCAAGCCGGCGCCCAGUGUCAAGUGGCUGAAGGACGAUGUGGAGAUCAUACCCGAACUCAAUCUGUACGAGGUGCAAACGAAUCCCGAUCAGGGCCUCAACGGCAUGGUCACCGUCCAGAGCCAGCUGAAGUUCCGCGGCAAGGCGCGACCCAAUGGCAACGAUCUGGUGCCCGGCGACCGGGGCCAGUACACGUGUCUCUACCAGAACGAGGUGAACUCGGCCAACUCCUCGAUGCAGCUGCGCAUCGAGCACGAACCGAUCGUGCUGCAUCAGUACAACAAGGUGGCCUUCGAUAUCCGGGAAACGGCCGAGGUGGUGUGCAAGGUGCAGGCCUAUCCGAAGCCCGAGUUUGUGUGGCUCUUUGGGAACAAUCAGUCGCCGCUGACAAUGUCCUCGGAGGGGCACUACGAGAUCAGCACCACCUCCGACAAGAAUGACAUAUACACGUCGGUGCUGCGCAUCAAUGCGCUGACCCACUCCGACUACGGCGAGUACACGUGCCGCGUGGCCAACAGCCUGAACACGAUACGUGCCCCCAUACGGCUGCAGCAGAAGGGGCCGCCGGAGAAGCCCACCAAUCUGCGUGCGAUGGAUGUGGGCCACAAUUACGUGUCGCUCAGCUGGGAUCCCGGCUUCGAUGGCGGCCUCAGCAAGACCAAAUUCUUUGUCAGCUACCGCCGCGUGGCCAUGCCACGCGAGGAGCAACUGAUACCCGACUGUGCCACGCUGGCCAACUCCAAUUCGGAUUGGGUGGAGGUGGACUGCCAGCGGGACAUACCCUGCAAGGUGACCUCCCUCGAUCAGCAUCAGAGCUAUGCGUUCAAGGUGAAGGCACUCAAUCCGAAGAGCGGCUCCCCCUACUCCAAUGAGAUUCUGGUGACGACCAAAGUCAGCCGGAUACCGCCACCGCUGCAGGUGACCUACGAGCCGAGCAGCCGCACCCUGGGCAUCGAUGUGGGUGCCACAUGCCUCUCGCUCGUUGCCGUUGUGGAGACAAUGGUGCACGGCGACACGCCGCGGGCCGCCUGGGAGGUGGUGGACACGGUGGACAAUCUGCAGCUGUCGGGCAACGGGCCCACGCACAAGGAGAAGAUCAUCGACCGACUGAUGGGCACACGACGCAUUGGCGGCGGCCGUGCCCUGGGGCACACCAUCAGCGAGGAUGAGGAUGAGGCGGCACUCAAUACGCUGGCCCUCGAGGAUGACAACGAGGGGCCGACGGUGCGCGUCAAGCUCUGUCUGCGCAACAAUCCGGAGCACUGUGGCGACUACACGGAUGCCGAGAUUGGACGUCCCUAUAUAGCGGAGGCUAGUGCUUUGGCCACGCCCACACUGAUUGCGAUAAUCGUCUCGUGCAUUGUGUUCGCCCUGUUUGCCGGCCUGCUGCUCAUGUUCUGCCGCUGCAAGCGGAAUCAAUCGAAGAAAAGCGCCGCCGCCAAGGACUACGAAAUGGACUCGGUGCGCCCCUCCAUCGUUGCCGCCCAACAGAGCCAGGCCCCGCCGCCCUAUUAUCCGGCCAGCGGUCUGGACAACAAGGCCCUCGAGCACUCGAUGGACCUGGCCCUCAGCAUGGAGGAGCAAAAGACGGCGCUCUAUGCCACACAGAAUGGCUAUAGCUAUCAUCCCGGCAGCGGUGUGGUCGGCGUCGGUGGCAUUGGGGGCAUUGGUGGCAUUGGUGGCAGUGUUGUCAGCGGCAUGGGUGUCGGCGGCGGCAUCGGUGUGGGUGGCGGCGGCAUCGGCGUCGGCGUUGGCGGCAUCGGUGGCAGUGGCGUUGGUGUGAAUGGCAUACCCGGCCUCACAGCACACACGAUGCCAGGAAAUGAAUGGGUCAACAUGGGCUACAUGGAGAACAACUACUCGAAUUCGAACAACGGCGGCAGUGUCAACUCACAGGACUCGUUGUGGCAGGUGAAGAUGUCCGCCGCGGCGGUGGGCAACCAGCAGAGUAUGGUGCAGGCACCGCUCAAUCAGUAUGUGGAACAGCAGCCCACCUAUGGCUAUGACCCACUGACCCAUGGCGGCUAUGGCGCCGUCGAUGAUUAUGCACCCUAUCCACACUUGACGGCCACGCCCAGCCAGGUGGGCGAUGAGUAUCACAAUUUGAGGAACAGCCAGAAUCCGUCCCGACAGGACUACUGCAGCGAUCCCUAUGCAUCCGUGCAGAAGCCCAAGAAGCGUGUUGAUCAGCAUUUAGAUUCACCAUAUCACGACGUAAGCGGCCUGCCGAAUCCGUAUAAUAUGGAGCAUAUGGAACAGGAUGAGGUCCUGCCACCACAACAACAGCACAUGUCCCUCAGCUACGAUGACAGUUUCGAGGGCGAGUACUCGACAACGCCGAAUGCCAGGAAUCGUCGCGUCAUACGCGAGAUAAUUGUCUAGAGAAGAACGAAGCAUAAAAUCCGGCAAAACAAAAAUCCAGCACUCAAUAUAUCUCUAUCUAUCUUUGUAUCAAUCUAUAUAUAUGUAUCUCUCACCCA